UCUGAGAUUUGGCCUCCAUCUGAGAAAGCUGACACUGCUUUUGGAAACUACUUUCGGAGAUCCAGUGACUAACAUCCAGAAGAGCAAAGGGGAACUAGAAAUCUUUUAGAAAACAACAGGAAGAAUGAAGAUCCAGAUGAAAAUACUAAUUGGAGUGAUCUCCUGCCUUUUGCUGUCUUUAAUAGUUAUGUGUGCAGUAUUAAUUCCUUCAAAAGAUCGGCACAAAGGGAAUGAUCUUAGAGCUUUAACACUAGAAGAGUAUCUGGAUGGAGAUUUUAAUUACAAAACGUAUUUUCCUUACUGGAUUUCACGAAACGAGUAUCUUCAUCAGUCUGCAGAAGAUGAUAUAAUUCUUCACAAUGCUGAAUCUGGGAGCUCAGUCGUUCUGUUGACUAACAGCACGCUUAAAAAAGUGAAUGCCUCAAACUAUAUGAUAUCAGCGGACCAUGAUUUCAUACUUUUGGAAAGCAAUUACUCAAAGGUUUGGCGUCACUCUUAUACAGCAUCCUAUCACAUUUAUGACCUUAUCAAUGGUGUUUUUGUCACAGACUAUGAACUUCCACAUAACAUUCAGCAUAUAUCCUGGUCAUAUGUUGGACACAAAUUGGCUUAUGUGUACCAGAACAAUAUCUAUUUGAAACAACACCCCAGAGAACCUGCUGUUCCAAUAACCACUGAUGGUAAUUGGAAUAAAAUAUUUAAUGGAAUUCCUGACUGGGUUUAUGAAGAGGAAAUGCUGGCUGUGAAAUACGCGCUGUGGUGGUCCCCACAUGCCAAGAAUCUGGCAUAUAUACAGUUCAAUGACACGGAGAUACCAGUUAUUGAAUAUUCCUUUUAUGGUGAGAAGCAAUACCCUAGAAAAAUAACUAUUCCAUAUCCAAAGGCUGGAGCAAAAAACCCUACAGUUAGAGUAUUUGUGAUAGACACUGCUAGCCCUGAAAGUUCGAGCCCAAAGGAGAUACCUGCUCCAGCAGCAAUAGCAUCAAGUGAUUACUAUGUCACUUGGAUUACCUGGGUAACAGAUACCCGAAUCUGUGUGCAGUGGCUGAAAAGGGUCCAGAACUUCACGGUGUUGGCCAUCUGUGACUACAAUGAGUACUCCAGAACCUGGGGCUGCCCAGAGGCUCAGCAGCAUACAGAAGAGAGUCACACAGGAUGGGCUGGUGGAUUCUUUGUUUCAGGACCAUAUUUCACUUCAGACAGCUUUUCAUACUACAGAAUUUUUAGUGACAAGAAUGGUUACAAACAUAUUCAUUACAUCAGAGACUCAGUGGAAAACGCGGUCCAAAUCACCAGCGGAAAGUGGGAGGCCAUCUACAUUUACAAAGUCACAGAUGAUGCAAUAUUCUAUUCAAGCAAUGAAUUUGAAGGCUAUCCAGGAAGAAGAAAUAUUUACAAAAUUAACCUUAGAGAAAAUCCUCCAGUAAAGCAGUGCAUUACUUGUCGUCUAAGAAAAAAAAGAUGCCAGUAUUAUGCAGCAAGAUUCAGCUACAAUGCUGACUAUUAUGCCUUAAUCUGUUAUGGUCCAGGCAUCCCUAUUUCUACUCUUUAUGACAACAGAUAUGGCAGAGAAAUUGAAGUUCUGGAAGACAAUAAGAAUUUAGAAUCUGCUCUGAAAAAAAUCAGAAUGCCUACAGUUGAAAUUAACAAAUUUGAAGUAAAUGGAAUUACCUUAUGGUACAAGAUAUUUCUACCUCCUAAUUUGGAUAAAUCCAAGAAGCAUCCUCUUCUCAUAGAGGUGUACGGAGGACCUUGCAGUCAAAAUGUGAAAUCCGCUUUCAGUGUUAGCUGGAUAACAUACCUUACAAGCAAGGAAGGGAUUGUGGUGGCCCUCGUGGAUGGCAGAGGAACUGCCUUCCAAGGGGAUAAAAUGUUGCAUGCAGUCUAUCGAAAUCUUGGCGUUUAUGAAAUUGAUGAUCAAAUCUCAGCUGUAAGGAAGUUUAUAGAAAUGGGAUUUAUUGAUGAGAAAAGAAUAGCCAUAUGGGGCUGGUCUUACGGUGGCUAUGUAGCCUCGAUGGCACUUGGAUCUGGAACUGGAGUGUUUCAGUGUGGAAUAGCAGUGGCUCCUGUUUCCAGCUGGGAAUAUUACGCAUCCAUCUACACAGAAAGAUUUAUGGGCCUUCCAACUGAAUCAGAUAAUCUUGAGCACUACAGGAACUCGACGGUGAUGUCAAGGGCUAAGAACUUCCAUAAUGUGGAUUACCUUCUCAUCCAUGGAACAGCAGAUGAUAAUGUACAUUUUCAGAAUUCGGCACAGAUCUCCAAAGCCUUAGUCGAUGCUCAAGUGGAUUUUCAGGCAAUGUGGUACACUGACCAGAACCAUGCAAUCCCAGGCCUUUCGUAUAAGCAUCUCUACAUUCAUAUGACCCAUUUCCUCAAGCAGUGUUUCUCCCUGCCUUAAAGAGGGCGAUUUCCCCUUCCCAGGCCUUCGUAUCAAUGAGAACAAUGCACGCUUUGCUAUAAAGCCAAAUCUGCUGCACAGAUUAAGUAUAUUCUGAAGAAAGGAAGUGAGAAUUAAAGAAGGUUUGAUGUUUACAGUCUCAUUGACACUUGUGUAUUAGCAAAUAAUAUGACAGUUUGUUUUCGGGUACAUUUAUUUGAUAUGAAGCAAACAAAUAAAAAUAAAACUUGUCUUUUAAAGGCUGUA